AUCAGAAGAUAAAAGAGAAUUGUCUUAAAUUGUCUUUCUUCCCUUCCUCUGUAACACUAUGAGAAAUGUGGUUCUUUUUACGUUACUCAUGGGUUCUAAUUAUAUACACCGUUUCUUCUGGACUCUAUAUUGCACUUAUCAAUUUACAUUACAAAUUUGAUUACUUAACGGAUUGGUUUUGUAAUGAUUUUGAGACAAUUAAUGACGUUUACGACUAUAUCAUAGUGGGGGCUGGGACGGCUGGCUGUGUUUUGGCCGCUAGGUUGUCAGAAGACCCGACAGUGAACAUUUUGGUGAUUGAGGCUGGUGGUCGACCAUCGGCUCUCUUAGACAUCCCCAUUGCUGCUCCAAUGCUGCAAAAAACACCAUAUGAUUGGCAAUUUUAUACUGAGCCGCAGCAAAAUGCCUGUCUUGGACUCAAUGAACAGCGCAGCCCGUGGCCCCGAGGUAAAGUGGUGGGGGGUACAAGCAGACUCAACUACCUUGUCUACCUGCGUGGUCACGUAGCAGACUAUGACAGCUGGGUCAGUCCCGACUGUCAGCACUGGAGUCGAAAUGAGAUACGCAGCUAUUUUAAACGGGCAGAACGUCAGUUGGGCCAAUACGCCAACGACUCUGUGUUUCACUCCACCCUUGGCUCUAUACCAGUGUCAGACUUACUGCAUACGUCUGGUAUGAUGGACGGGCUUCUAGGCGCAGGAGAGGAACUUGGAUACAAGAUUGGAGAUCUUAACAGUGGAGAAACUCGGUUUAAAGGAGGGUUUAUGGCUACUCAGUCCACCACUAAAGAUGGUUCAAGGUUCAGUGCUGAUAAACUUUUAAUCGGAAGAAACAAUGUGAAGAUCCUGCCUUAUACUCAAGUCACAAAGGUGCUGCUGAGGCGCAAUUUUGAGGCAUACGGAGUCCGAGCUGUCCGCCAUGGUCACCGCCUGACCUUGCGUGCCCGCAGGGAAGUUAUCCUGUCUGCUGGCACGGUCGGAAGCCCCCACCUCCUGCUGCUCUCUGGGAUUGGUCCUGCAAAACACCUCCAAGAGCUUGGCAUCACAGUGGCAGUAGACCUUCCUGUAGGAGGGAAUCUGCAGGACCAUGUGGCUACAGGACUGGACCUGGUAGUGACCAAUCAGAGUUCUCCAUUGUCCUGGCAGACCGUUGUCAAUCCAUGGAACCCCAUCAGCUACUUGCUGGGACAAGGUCCAAUGACCCACCCAGGCUGUGAGGUGGUGGGGAUGGUGAACACUCUGGGUCGUACAGAUGAACUGCCCGACCUUCAGUUCAUGGCUCUGCCCGGUGGGUUGUCCAGCGAUGCUGGAGUAGUGCUCAAGAGGGUGAUGGGCAUCACGGACAAGCUGUGGAGGGAAUAUUUUGCAGAGUUGGUUGGUACUCCUGUGGCCACACUGCUGCCAACCCUGUUGCACCCUCACAGUCGGGGUUGUAUCAAGCUGAGGUCCAAAAACCCUAACGACCCUCCAGUCAUUGACCCCAGGUAUCUCAGUGACCCGAGGGACGUGCAGGUUCUUAUUAGAGGGCUACAACUACUAGUCCAACUGACAGAGACGGAGGCUAUGAGGAAGAUAGGGGGGAUGGUUUGGUCUACCCCCCUCCCCCCUUGUGCUCACCUCCCCCUCUUCACUCCCCCCUACUGGGAGUGUUACGUCCGCCACAUCACUGUCACUGCGUACCAUUUUGUCGGAACUUGCAGGAUGGGCUCGGAAAACGAUGCGACCGCAGUUGUUGAUCACAUGUUGCAAGUUCACAAAACAUCCCGACUCCGUGUCGUAGAUGCAUCAGUAAUGCCAACCAUGCCGAGCGCAAACAUAAAUGCAGCUGUGAUGAUGAUAGCGGAGAAAGCAGCCGAUUUGAUAAAAGCUCAUUGGCACCUGCAGUCCCUGCAGGUGUGCCACUUGCAAGAUGUGUUCCUCACCAGGCCUACCAACUGCCGUCACCAUUAGUAGAGAAAUUCACCUCUCAUACAUAAUAAUUCCCUAUUGUCUUUCCACCAAUGCAGGACACUUUGUGGUAAUAUGUAAACCAAAUUUUAAGAACAUAUAAGACAGCUAAAAAUAACCGAAAUGGUUAGUGUUUUUAGCUAAUUUUAUUAUUAGUCCAACAAUAAUUUUUAGGAAAAAACCACUUAAAGUGUGUUAAAGUGAUGUAUAAAACCUAUUUGCAAUUGAUUGGUUGGCAUAAUGUUGUGAAAAAUAAGUAAACCAAAAAACCUGUAAUGUAAGUUGAUUACUAC